AUGAAGAAAACCAUUAAGUAGAAAGUAAAGAUGUUGGGAGCAUUGGAAUUAGAUCGUUAAAUGAAACGAAAAUUAGAAUCCACGAAUUACUCGAUAUUAUAGAAUUUUGAUGUAUUUCAACACCCAUAUAGCAGUAUUUUCGAUCUCUUUUAGAAAGACCUCAUAAACACUAUUCAGAUGUAGAGUAUUUGAAGAAAUUCUUAUAAUAAAUACCAUAUCUUAAAGAAAUAACUGAAGGAAUGUCUAUGAGAUUAGUUGAAAAGAUCAUUCAUCAAUUAUCACUAAAAUUCUUGCCUGCAAAUAGUUAAUGUGAUUCUUAAUUUCAGAUUAUGUUAAGUGGAGAAAUUUAAAUUGGUUAACGAACAUUUGUUUAGACAGAUACGCUUAAUGAAAUUGGAACAGUUAUAAGAGAUACUUGGGUUCUUGUAUUAAGUAAUGAAGGGUACAAUGAACUUAUUAGAGAAUAUCAUGAAAAUCUGUUAGCUUAAAAAUUACAUUUGAUUUAACAAUAUUCUGUAUUUAAUAAAAUAAGCAUUCAAAGAUUAAAAAAUCAAUUAGAUUAAUUUAAAUAAGAUUCAGCUCCUAAUAACACAGUUCUAUAUUAAGAAAAAUAAAUAGCUGAUUCAUUCUAUCUUAUAGUAUAAGGAGAAAUCAAAUUGAUAUAAGAUGAUAUUGAAUUAUAGUUAUUGGGAACUAAAUGUGUUUUUGGAGAAAUGGAAUUAGUUGAAACAAAUGAAUUUAGAUUACACAAAGCAGUUGUUACUUAACAUAUUUCUUAUUAUAAAAUAGGAUAUCAACAAUUGAAGAUUCUUUUAAAUUCAAGUUGUUUGUAUGAAAUCUUUUGUUAGAACUAUCACAUUAAGGCAUAAUUUUGGAAGGAAAGAAAAUAGAAAUGUAAAAAAGAAAUUAUUAUUCCUAUUGAUUAUUCAGAAUUUAAACAUGAUAUACCAAAAACAUAUCAUAAUUAUUUAUCUGCUUCUAAAUUGUUAAAGUAUGCAAAGAAAAAUUCUUAAAAUCUUGAAGAUGAUUAAAAAGAAACUAAAGAAGAUAAACUAUUAGAAUCAUACAAAUAAUUUAAUCAUCAAAUCAAAUUAAAUUUUAAAUAGAAUCAUUUGUUGAGAAAAGUCUUGAUUUAAGCUAAAUAAACUAAUCAUGAUUUACCUAUUAUGAAAGGAUUACAAUUAGAAAGAUAUUUACCAAAGAAUCAUUUUACUCAUAAAAAAUCACUUAAAAUUAUCAGUUAAUUUAAUGAAACUAUUUAUUAAAGAUUUGUUUCAGAUGUAGAAUCAUAUCCAACAACAACUACUUUUGUUAAAGGAUCUCGAUUAUUUAGUGCUGCAAGUAGAUUAUAAUCAGCUGCUAGUAGAUUAUAAUCUGCAAAACCAAAUUUAUUCACUAGUCCUUCUAAAUUAUAAUAAUUUAGACCUAUAACAGCUGUUAAAAGAUCUAUUAGUAAUGGACCAUAAUGA